GGCUGCUGGUGGUGCUACUGGUGCUGCUGGAGCUGCUGGCGGUGGUGGUGCUGCUGGAGCUGCUGGUGCUGCUAGAGCUGCUGGAGCUACUGCUGGAGCUGCUGGAGGUGAUGGUACUGCUGGAGCUGCUGGAGGCGCUGCUGGUGCUGGAGGUGCUGCUAGGGCUGCUGGUGGUGCUGCUCGUGCUGGAGGUGCUCCUGGUGCUGGAGGUGUUGCUGGUGCUGGAGCUGCUGCUGGUGCUGCUGGAGCUGCUGGAGGUGCUGCUGGUGCUGGAGGUGCUGCUGGAGCUGCUGGCGGUGCUAUAGGUGCUGGAGGAGCUGCUGGUGCAGGAGCUCCUGGACCUGCUGGAGACGCUGCGCGGCUGCGGCCGUACUAUGUUCCUCUGCUUCAGCAGGUUCUUGGUUCCUCGCCUUCUCCUGGUCCUCCUCCUCCUUUCCUGUGCCCACCGCCUGUCCAGUCCCAGUCGCAGUUACAGCCGGCCUCUCCACUACCUGGUCCUUCUCCUUACUCUGGACCGACUAGAGGUCUUACGGAGCGUCGUGAGCCUGAGUCGCGUCCUCUGUCGCCUGAGUCUCGUUCUGCGUCGCCUGUCUGUACUGUUCGCGCUGGUCGUGUUUCGCGUCCGCGUCCUCCUCCUGUCCCUGGCACUCACUCUAUGACUCUGCGUCCUUCCACUGCUCCACAGCGUGUCCCUCUGCCGUCUCCUCCUGCGUCCUCUCUUCCUGUCGGUCCGGACCCGGAGUCUGACUCCCUUCGUGCUGCUAGUCCGGCGGUCACGCGCUUUCUGGCCACUGCUGUCACUGACCCUUUGUUUGAGUCCACUGCUGCGUCUGCUCUUGUUUCUGAGCUCGUUGACUUUGCUGCAGCCUGUCGCCUAGACUACGCCACUAGUCUUGUUGCUGAGUCUGCGUCUGCGUCUGUCUGUCCUCCGUCCGUCGGGGGUGAGUGUGCUCUUGGCACGGACGUCCUUGAGGAAAGGCAGGAGGACUUUGAGUGCUUUGCCGCUGCUUCAGCUCAUCUCGUGUCCAUGUUGCUUGCCCCUGAGGGAGACCCGGAUGCACUAGACAUCCCGACCCCGCACUCUUACGCAGAGGCGAUAGAGGGUCCCUACUCCUCUCAGUGGCAGGCAGCCAUGGAUGCCGAGAUGGCUUCCUGGAAGUCCACAGGCACCUACGUAGACGAGGUUCCCCCACCCGGGGCGAACAUCGUCAGUGGCAUGUGGAUCUUCAGGCGUGACUACGAGCUCCACUCGCUUGACUUCAGCACAGCCUUCCUCCAGGGCAGCCUGCACGAGGAGAUCUGGCUGCGCUGCCCACCUGGCUUCACUGAGUCGUUUCCUGCUGGUACCCAGUGGAGCCUCCGGCGGCCAGUCUACGGUCUCCGCCCGGCACCCCGUGAGUGGCACGACACACUCAGGAGGACUCUUGCUGCUCUUGGUUUUGCUCCUUCCACUUCUGACCCUUCUCUGUUUUUACGCACUGACACUAUUCUGCCACCGUUCUACGUUCUCGUGUACGUAGACGACCUUGUCUUUGCUACUGCUGACACUGAGGCACUCGCCCACGUGAAGUCCGAGCUGUAG